ACUGAUUAAUGUGGCUCCCAGCAGCUGGAGUCUGACUCCAAGGCACCAGAAAUAGAAGGCGGGAGGGGAAACAGCCGCAGCGGCACUUGCAAAGUAUCUUCAAGUGGACGAAGAGACGCACCAUGUGGAACCAGUCGGGAUACUGCAAUCACAUUCCUCACCCUGGAUAUCCCUUCUACCAUGCGCCCUGCAGUCAUAACCAGAGGGCCACGGCGUUCUGUCAUCCUGUCACCGGACAGAUCUCCCCGGAGAACGUGGACUUCAUCCUGCACGACCAGCCACAGGGCGCUCGCAUGAUGUCCAAACCGUUGGGUGAGCAGCUCUCCAGCACCACUGUCAGCGAAGCCUCCACUGCCAUCACCUCCUCCACUGUGGACACCACUUCUGCCUCCAAGGGUUCGCGCUCCAGUGGGAAGGUGCACAGCUUCGGGAAGAGGGAGCAGUCCAUCAAGAGGAACCCCAACGUCCCCGUGGUGGUGCGAGGAUGGCUGUACAAACAGGACAGCUCUGGGAUGCGUCUCUGGAAGAGGAAGUGGUUCGUCCUGGCUGAUUUCUGUCUCUUCUACUACAAAGACAGCAGAGAGGAAGCGGUCCUCGGCAGUAUUCCGCUGCCCAGCUAUGUCAUUUCACUCGUGGGAGCCGAGGAUCACAUCAGCCGCAAGUAUGCCUUCAAGGCCAGCCACACGGGUAUGCGCUCGUACAUUUACAAGCAGAGCUCUGUGAUUGGCUCGCAGGCGGAGCACACUGGGAUGCGAACCUACUACUUCAGCGCCGACACUCAGGAGGACAUGAACACGUGGCUGAAGGCCAUGAGCCAGGCCACCCUGAUGCAGAACCACAGUGACGCCACGAUGCUCAGACCAGCUGAUAAUUUAGAGAAGCUGUUGCAGCAGGCCGUCCCGCAGACCAACCACGUGAACCAGCACCGGGCCAAGGCCCCGGACGCCGACGCCUCGCGGCCCGUCGUCCACGAGGUGCUGCUGGAGCCCGUCCACCGCGACGCCGACGAGCGCUGCAGCUUCCACAAAGACUCCCCCGCCUCCAUCAUGCUGGAGAUGGACACGCACACCUCCCUCCCGGCCAACCCGGCCCCCUCGGCGCUGCCGCCGCCCGACCACGUGUCGGCCUCGGCGCCCGUGUCCAGGGUGCCGUCCCGCGCGCCGUCCCGCGCCGCCUCCACCCUGCCCUCCAGCGUCUGCACCCGGAACGGCCUGGUCUCCACGCCCAGCCCCAUCCUGGAGCCCAACGGCAUCGCGGCGGGGACGUACCAGCGCGCCCCGGAGCCCGCCGCCGCCGACGGACACAAGCAGAUUCAGAGGAGGAGCACGCUGGAGCAGGUGGAGCAGUGGGUCAAGGUUCAGAAGACGGAGCACAAAGGCCCCCCAUCCAGGGAGAACACCCUCCCCCGCCGCACGCCGCCGUCUCAGCACAAGUUUUCCACCCUGGACGCCUAUCAGACGCUGCCAAAAACGCCUCGCCAGAGCACGCCGCCAGGCAGGCUGGGCGAGUACAAGUACGCCCAGGACCGCCUGAGCCACUUCCGCCUGACCCCUGACCCCGGGGGCCCGGGCGCCAACACCGUGUGGCAGCUGUACGAGUGGCAGCAGCGCCACCAGUUCCGCCACGGCAGCCCCACGGCGCCGCUCUACACCCCGGCUCCGGACUAUCCCUUCGGCUCCCGCCCGCCGUCCACCGUGCCCCCGUCCUCGGCGGCGCCCAAGGCGGAGGGGGCCGCCCGCUGCGUGUCGGUGCCGCCGUCGGCGGCGGACAUCCCCCCGCCGGGGCCUCCCCCCGGCUCCAGCCGCACCCUGUCGCCCACGCGCAGGCCGCACACGCCGGCCGAGCGGGUGACGGUCAGGCCGGCGGGCGACAUGUCGCUGAUGGAUCUCCCGUUCACCGUCUCCCCCCGCAGGACCAAGUCUCAGAUGUUCAAGGCUGCUACUAUUGAGAGACGCUCCAUGCCUUCAUCGGGCUACAUCACCCACACCGUCAGUGCUCCCAGCCUUCACGGGAAAACGCCCGAGGAGCUCACUCUGCUCCUUAUUCAGCUGCGCCGGCACCAGGCCAAGAUGGCCUCCGUCCGUCAGCAAACGUUAGCCCAGCUGCAGCGGCUCAACGGUCCCAAAGAGGCCCUCCACCACGGCCGCCUCUUCGCCGCCGCUAGCACCAGUCCCCUCCUCAGCGCCGGCCCCUCCCCCGUGUCCCCGCUGGGGCGCGUGGGCCUCGCCGCCACGCUCGGCCCCUGCAGCUCACAGGCCGAUGACACUUACAUGCAGCUGAAGAAGGACUUGGAGUAUCUGGAUCUGAAGAUCAGAGCUCUAGAGCCCCUGAUCCUCGCAGUUCACAGUUUACUGCUCCACUGCACUGCUGGGCCUCUCAGGCCUCUAAUGAACGUGGCUGGAAGUCAAACUCUGAAGGAGUCAGGGAAACCUGUCAAGGUCGCUGAGAGUGAUGUGGAUGUGAAGUUGAGUCGGUUAUGUGAACAAGACAAGAUCCUCAAGGACCUGGAGGCAAAGAUCAGCUCGCUGAAGGACGACAAGGACAAGCUGGAGAGCGUGCUGGACGUGUCCCACCAGCAGAUGGAGCAGUACCAGGAGCAGCCGGCCCACGCUCACAAGAUCGCCUACCAGCAGAGGCUGCUGCAGGAGGACCUGGUCACCAUCAGGGCCCAGAUAUCCCGCCUGUCCACGGAGAUGGAGCGAGCCUGGGAGGAGUACAGCAGGCUGGAGAAGUCCGUAGACCAGCUGAGGACGGCGCUGCAAGUCCACAUGAACCACAGCGCCACCCCUCAGCAGGAGAAGGCGGAGAUGAAGCGCGAGCUGUGGAGGAUCGAGGACGUGAUGGCCGGACUGAGCUCCAGCAAAACCAACUACAAGAUCACCAUCGACUCCGUGCAGAACCCAGAGAGGAAAUUAGUGCCUUCAGUGUCAGAGCCAGCAGUGCCUUCUUCUUCCAGCUCGGAGGUCCAGCCUCCUCCUCGCAGCUCCGUCCCCGCCGUCUUCUCCCACACUCUGCCUCACAGCACCGUGCCAAAGUGGGCAGAGGACGGCGCCCCGCCCAGGCCUCCGCUGCCUCGCCUCUACGACUACGAGGAGACUCCCCCCGUGGUGCCGCCGCUCCCCAAAGAGGCCUCGGUCAUCCGCCACACGUCGGUCCGAGGGCUGAAACGCCAGUCCGACGAGAGGAAGAGGGACCGGGAGAGCGGCCAGUGUGUGCUCAACGGGGACUGUAAGACGGACUUGCGGUCGUACCUGAGUGAACCGGAACUGCCUGGAAUCAGCCACCACAGCGCGGGGCCGCACGUCGAAUACCAGUAUUUUCAGAGUAAAGCUGAAGGCUCGUCCUCUCUACUGAACCAAUCCAGCUCCAUUUCAUCAUACGUCACCCUGAGGAGAGGCCCGGGGAGCUCUGCAGCAAAGGAGAGACCCAAGAGUGCCUUCGAGCGCCUGUCGUCGCCCACCGAGGGCGUCCCCGGCGGCCAGCAGCCUCGGGGCCGGAUGACGGCGGAGGAGCAGCUGGAGCGCAUGAAGCGCCACCAGAAGGCGCUGGUCCGCGAGCGCAAGAGGAACCUGAGCCAGGGCGAGCGCUCGUCCGCCUCCACCUCCGCCUCCACGCAGCGCUCGUCCUCCUCCUGCAGGCCGCCCUCCGGCACGUCGGACGCAACCUCCUCCGUGUUCGACUGGCAGGAGGAGCGACCCGGGGCCGAGGGUCAGAGCGACGAGGGCCGGGACCAGGUCAAGGAGCGGCUCAGGAUCCACUCGGACGGCUGGGUCACGGCCACCGCCACGGCUCUGCGGGUGCAGGAGGUGGACGUGGAGCCUUUGGACUUUGACCUGGACAUCAGCCGAGAGUUGGCCACACCGGAGAAGAUUUCCAUUGCGGAGCGCUACGUGGAGUCGGAGCCCGAGGAGCCGCUCAGUCCGGAGGAGCAGGAGGAGCGAUCCCGCCGGACGCAGCGCAUAAAGAGUCUGCUGGCCAGGUCCAGCGUUCAGAACCUGCAGCCGGCGGCGCCGCUGGACUUCAGCGAACUGGACUCGGCUCUGCAGCAGCAGGAGCGAAUCAUCAACGUGUCUCAGGCUCUGGCCUCAGAAGCUUCACAGAAGAGCAAGCUGGUGGCAGCCCAAGCUUCCUCCAAGAUCUGAGGAACAGCGACGCUCAGCGGCGGAGUUCGAUUCCCAGGCUAACUGGAACUCAUCGUUUCUCAAAGCCACCAAAUAACCGCCCCACUAACGCCAAAUCUUUUUUAUAAUCAAGGAGCAGAAACACGUUUUUGAUCCGCUGACAGUGAAGUAUUAAUAAUUUAUACCACAAGCGCCUUCUCUUGUCUCGUGUUGCAGUGAGCUGGUCCGCGUUUGGGAGGAUUUUACAGGAGAACCAGCGUUGUUAGUGUGCUCAGAUCGCUCGCUGCCAGAAUCAGUUAUUUAUUAUGUUUUUUUUUUUGGCUUAUAAAUGCUUCUAAUGUGUAUUUUGUGAUCACAGUCCUGUCAAUCAACUCAGACACAUUCAACAGUGUAUCUAACAAUUCAAAGAGUAAAGUUCUUUACACACA